AUGCCAAAAUUGAAUGAAAACAAAACAAACAUGGCAGAUGUGAUCCAAGACGUUGGUUAUUUCAACGUCAAGGAUGAAUUAGUUUUUGUUGAUGAAAAUUUCUGUAUUAACUUAGUAGAAGAAGAAGUUGUUAGCGAACCAUUAGAAAAUAAAUUCAUUGUUUUUGAUAGUGUUUCCUCUGAUGUGACCAGUUCAGUUCCUAAUGCGGAAAUAAGGCUGGAGUGUGAAACUUCAUCAGAGUCAAAUUUUAGCAAUGGAGAUCAUUUAAAUAAUAUCACAGAAGUAAAAAAUAAAAACCAUAGGGAUGUAGAUAAUUUUGACAGUUUAACCGAAGUAAAAAAUAAAGAUACAUUUGAUAGUGAUUUAGAUAGUUUUGAUUGUAUCACUGAAGUAAAAAAUGAAGAUACGUUUGACUCAGCUGUUCACUCAUCACCUGGAAAUCCAAAUGAAAGUUCCACAGAAGAGAAUGAUUCACUUCAUAGUACACAGUCCUUUAACUCUGAUGAAAAUCAUGCUAGCUUUUCAAAUGACCAGUUGGCGAGUCACAGGUUGGAACAGAAUGGGAAGAGAGUGUGGGCUUGUAAACAGUGCGACAAGACCUUCAUCUCCCGUAAGGGCUCCAUCAUUCACCAGCGGACCCACACAGGAGAGCGCCCGUUCACGUGCAACGUGUGCAACAAGAAGUUCAUAGACAGCAGUACCUUGAUGAAACAUCAGGUUAUCCACCAAGCCACCAGACCAUUCUCCUGUUCUACUUGUCAUCGAGGAUUCAAUCAGAAAGUGGCUCUGCAAAGGCACGAAUCGACACAUUCCUUACAACCGUUGUUCAACUGUAAAUACUGUCCUAAAACUUUUCUUGUCCGAAGCAGUUUGCAGGCGCAUGAAAACAUUCAUUCCAGGAUCAAACCGUACGUUUGCAGUUUUUGUCCGAGCAGAUUCCACACUUUGACUCUUCAGAAACAGCACGAGCGUGUUCACACAAAUGAGAGACCGUAUCAGUGCAAUUACUGUCCAAAAGCUUUUAAAGAUAGUGGUACAUUGUUUAAACACCAAGUCAUCCAUUCGGGAGUGAAACCUUACAGUUGUCCUCUCUGUUCGAACGGAUUCACUCAGAAAGUCGCUGUUCGGAAACACAUUAGAACUCACGUGUUGAAGGGCGCAUCGAAACAGUGUCAGAUUUGUAAAGUGACUCUUAUCAAUCCUAAUGAACUUUCUCUCCAUUUGGAGAAACAUGUUUUAGAAAAUCCUCACUCGACGGCUAAACCUUCGACAAAGGUCGAGUCAAAACUGAAAACACAGAGAGUUCUAUCGGAAACCAAGCCCGCAGACUUGAGCGAUUUGGCCACUCUGUGUGAUGUAGCGAUCUCGACAUCAGGGAACUAUUUCUCUAACGCGCUGGACAUAAAUUCUGUCAGAGGAAGAUUCUAUUGCUUCUACUGUGGGAUGAGGUACAAACGAGAGAGGACUUUGAACUCUCACCUCUUCGGGGUCCAUCUAUUCUGUGUAUCGUGUUCUACUAAGUUCUACGAUAGGGAAACUCUUGACUCUCACGAUUGUAAAGGUCAGGCCCUAAAUGGAGUUAUCGGUAAAGUGACCAAUAAACCAAAGAUGAAGACAAACAAACAGUUCAGCUGUGAGAAGUGUUACAAAUCGUUUAACUCACGGAACGGUUUCGUCAUCCAUCAAAGAAGUCAUACGGGUGAGAGACCUUACGCAUGUCGGUGGUGCGAUAAAGCGUUCGGUGAUUCCGCUACAAGGCACAAACACGAGCGGAUCCACACUGGUGAGCGACCGUUCAAGUGUGUGAACUGUCCUCGAGCCUUCAACCAGCGAGCAGCAUUACGAGCUCACCUCGGGACUCACAGCUGCAAUCGAACGUUCAAGUGCGAAUACUGUCCCUCCUCCUUCCGUUACUCCUCGUCGCUGUGUAAACACGUCGAAGCAUGUCACAGUGAUUCCCUGCAAGUGUCUUGUCCGCUCUGUGCCAAGGUAUCUCUGGACCCCAACAGCUUGCACGAUCACAUAAGGUUUACUCAUGUCGUCGAAGGGGAGUCUCAUGUUUGUACCUUGUGCGACUCCGGUGUCUUCACACUCAGUGCGGAGUAUUGUGACCAUUUAGUUUGGCAUGCCAAACAACAUAUCCUGGACUUUUACAGGCGGUACUCAAUAGGUGUCAUGUAAAUAUCUUGUCAAAGGUUUGUCUUCAUAUUAAGAUAAUUAGUUUUGUAUUUUCGUUAUAUUUUGUAAUAUCGUAUUGUACCUUAAAUGAAUUAUUUAUCUACUUCAGUUAUUAUUUUUUAAUUAUCUUAACAGUAAUUUCUCUGUAAUCCAGUCAAUUGUGUACAUAUCCCUUUCAUUUUCCCAUAAACUACCAUUAUUUAAUACAA